CAUCCAUAGCGCAGCUGGGUCACAUGAUAAAGGCGAUCGUGCCACCACCCUCUAUCCCCGGCUCAUUUUGACUUUUGCCCGGAGUAAUAGGAAAGUCGGUGAGUUCUUUCCCGUGGGCAUUUGUCCCCGCGAAGCAGCGAACGGUCGCCUGUCCCUCUCGCUGACCAGUGGUAUCCAGGCCGAGCUGCGUCCUUAGCAACCGCCUCAGCAGCGCAGGAUCGCCAUAGCGAGGAGGCCGAGCCGGGCAGAGAACUGGGCAAGGUGACGGCCAAUAGAGUGAAAUGCCCAUUCUUAAAGAGCCGGUGGAAUUCCGCUUUGGUAUUGUAACCAAUAAAGAACAUCAAGAACUUCAGUGGAAAUUAUGGAAGAAGCAUCUGAACAAUUCUUCAAAAACAUCCAAGCCAAAGACUGUACAAAAAAAUCCUUUCCAACUUACAGAAGAAUUCAUUGAGGACUUCAAUAAUUCACUAAACACAGAUGACAAGGAAGAAUUCAUGGAGCUAGCUAGAAAAAUGCUUGCCAGAUGCAAGAGAAGAUCAGGUCUUCGCACAUUAGGCUGUGGAAAGCAUGUGGAUAUUCCAGUAGCAUGGAUUGAGACACUUAUGCUAUCUCUGUGCAAAGGAGAGAUCCAGGAAGAAGCUUUGGACAUCCUCUUAAUUUCCUUAGACCACGCACCUGUUUCUUCAGACCACAUCCCAGCUUUAUUUUUUGUUGCAGAAUCCAUUUUGUAUAGGAUCUGCUAUGAUGCAGUUCAGAAGCCGUUUCUAUUUCCCUGUGAAAUCAAGUUGUCCAAGCUUGGUUUUUUGAUUUUUUUAAGGCUUCUGCUUUUACAUCUUUCGGGUUAUUUGGAAUUUUGUGGAGAACAGAAAUCUAGGCUUCAUAUUAAUUUAAAAGCAUUAGCAGCUUGUGAGAUUGCUUACCAGCUAUAUCCAAACAUCAGUUUCAUGUUGAGUUUUAUGCUGAAGGCUGGAGAAACUAUCUGUGAAGCAGCAGUACUUUCUAAUUCAACUUUACCAUCUGAUGCAAAUUUGGAAGAUGAUCAAAAGGAAACAUUUUUGAACACAUCACUCACCAAAACUGGCACACUGGUUGCAUUAAAUUCUGGAUCAAAGCAAUCCCAAAUUAAGCCAUUUCUUUGGCACAGCCUUCUUGUUUGGGUUUGUGUACAUAACAGCUGCUCUGAGAUAGAUGAAGUGCUCAAGCAUGUCCUAUACUAUAAGGAACAACUUCAUCAGGAAGCCUGGCUGGAAUCAGUAUUGGGCUUGAUGGUCCUUGGAGAGGCUGCCAAAUUAAACAUGCCCUGCUUGAAAGUUUUAAUGGACCUAGUGAGAGAUUUUAUUUCAGGCUCUAUGCGUCUUCAGAAGCAGGCAAAGAGUAACAUGAUAAAACUCUCAUGCUGGCAGUGGCAAGUGGGAUACAUAUACACCAAUAUACUCAGAGAAAUCUGUUUACGUGGAAUUAGUGCAGAUUUGCAAAAAACUGCUUUUCUUGGAUUCUGUGAUUGUUCAGAGCAAUAUAAAGAUGGCAAGGAGUUAGCAAGUGCAGGUUUUCUCAAUCUUUUGAACUACUACCCAUCAGCUGAUGACAGUCAUGACCCAUUCUGGGUUAUUCGGUAUGGUGUGGUCUACAACCUAGUUAUCCUGCAUAGUGAACUUUCUGGGGAUGUGGUGCGAGAAGGAUUACGAAAUGCUGUGUGGAAAUCUCUACAGAAACAAAAGGUCAUUGAAAAGGAGAGGCAAGUCCUGGAUGCUGUGAGAAUAGCAGAGGUUGAAACCAAUGGUUUGCUAAAUCCAUUUCUUGAAGACAGAGGAAAAGUUCCAACAGCUCCCAAAGGGCUCCCUUCUUCCCAGUAUAUAGGGUGGCGAAUCACCACUGCCUUAACCCAUCAUUUCCUGCCACCUAUUGGACCAGACAUCAAAUUGCCACGCCAGGAUGUGUGGAAACCGCUGUCGGUACCGUGCCAAGAACCAAAAAUAUCUGUAAAGGAGAAGAAAACUGCAUACCAGUCUAUAAGGGAAAAGUUUUUGCAACCACAAAUACCGAUGUGUCCAGAUUUUUUCACCCGCACUGAUAUGCAGCUGAAAAAAAUAAUUGAGGUUCAGUGGGAGAAGGAAUUGCAGAUGAGGCUCGAGUUAGAAGAACAGCUGCGGCAGCUUGAGCUGAAGGAAGAAAAAAAGCUGGCAGAGCAGCGUUUCAGGCGAAUAAUGAAAUGGCGGUGGGCAAAGCUGCGCAAGACAACCAAACCAUAUGAGCUUUCUUUUCAGCAUGAAGAGGAAGAACUGACAGAGGCAAGUAGCAGCCCUGGAUCAACACGUGCGCAAGAGCCAUUACCUACCUGCGAACCAGGCCUCUAAGGCCUGGAUUGCAUAUGACAACCAAAUAAGUGUAGCCAAGCUCAGCUUAUUUAAAAUGAAAGACUUUCUCUGGAGAUUUUGAUUUUGGGCAGAGGGGAAUUAGCCAUUUCUCUACCAGCUGCUUUCCUGUGUUGUUACAGUUUGUAUUUAUAAAGGUAAAGUCAUGUCUGGAGCUCUGCUGGGGAGGGGGCAAAAAAAGCAGUUAAAUGGAGGAGUGAUUUUGAAAAGGGGGGAAUAGCUGAUGAGGAAAAGUUUGACCACUCCUCAUCUGUAGGUUUUCCGUUUGGCUGCUUGGGCUGCUUUUCAUUCAGUACAUCAACCAGAGCUUUGUUAUGCACACUUGCAGGUAAUGUGUAGCCUCUACUUCUUUCUGCCAUUAUAGUAUUUGAAUGUAUAGCUUGUUCCAAAUUCAAAUUUCCUCCUCUGAAAUAAAAGCAUGCACAAUG